UUGACAGACUGGAUCACCGGGGGUGGUUUGUCCUCGCUCGCCAGCAUUUAAACAGGAGCUGGCUGCCGCAGCAGCACACCAAAGCCUCUGCUCCUUUCGCCGCAGACUGCCUCGGUCACUGGCUUGCUAUUUGGAAUAGACAAUUGGUUUAUUGGGAUCGUGUCAACCGAGCGUGACGAGACUGGGAAAUAGAGACUGGAUCGACGUGUCGAGAUGGUGCACUGACGAGCGCAGGCUGCAGCGAACGGAGGGGAUUGCGGUACAGCAAGGUUAAUAAUCAGCGUCAAUAAAGGUCGUCUGUGUGAGCAGAAAGAGACUCCAAAGGGUGAAUCUCGCCCCUGUGUGGGGAGAUCGGCGGAUAAGCAGAGAUCUAUCAAAAUUAUGGCCACCUUACUGCGGAAAAUCGGUCUGAUCCGACUGCACGACCGAGACACGGAGGAUCCAAAGCAUCACCAGGGCUCGCUAAAGGGCACCAAAGGCAAUCAGAAGAAUAACGCUAAUAAACACUGUCAAACCGCAAACGAGACCAACAUCCUGAGUACUCCGGAGAUUAAAGCUAGGAAGCUGGACCAGCACGGUAAAGACAAGGCGCCCGGAAAGGAUAAGCAGGGCAAGGAUGCUAAGGAGAAGCAGCAGACAGGCGGAGGCGGGAGUAAAGCCACCAGUGCCUCGUCCAUACCACCACUGGCGCCUCACCGGCAGCACUGCACCCAGGUCCGGACACGCAGGCUCAUGAAGGAACUACAGGAGAUCCGGAGGUUAGGGGACAACUUCAUUACUGUGGAGUUGGUGGAGGACAACCUGUUCGACUGGAACGUCAAAUUGCACCAAGUGGACAAGGACUCGGCCUUGUGGCAGGACAUGAAGGAGACCAGCACUGAAUAUAUUCUGCUUAACGUCACCUUCCCCGAUAACUUUCCCUUCUCUCCACCGUUCAUGCGCGUCCUGACGCCACGUUUGGAAAACGGCUACGUUCUGGACGGUGGGGCCAUCUGCAUGGAGCUAUUGACCCCACGAGGAUGGUCCAGCGCCUACACUGUUGAAGCGGUGAUGAGACAGUUCGCAGCAAGCCUUGUGAAAGGACAGGGCCGUAUAUGCAGGAAAGCAGGGAAGUCUAAGAAAGCAUUUAGUCGCAAAGAAGCGGAAGCCACCUUUAAAUCACUGGUGAAGACCCACGAGAAGUACGGCUGGGUAUCUCCGCCUGUGUCCGACGGCUGAGGGCUAACCUGCUAGCCCUUUAGCGCUAGCAGGCCCACCAUGGCUAGCCCCUUUGACAUGCAAAACAACACACCAUGCUAACUCAAUCUUCAGCACAUCUCACUCAACUCAUUUCGGUGUGUUUGUAUUAUAAUUUUGGGGACGUUAUGAAUCUUUUGGGAACAUGCAAUCAUCAUCAUUCUAUUUUGUCCUAUAAGACUUUUAAGGCCUUUCAUGGUGUGUGUUGUCACCGCUGGACAUUAGCUGGGAGUGCACAUACAUCCAACUCUGUCUUACUGUUUUUUUGUUUUGUUUUUCUGGUAAAUACACUUAUGCACUUGCAGUUGAACAAAUCAGACUUGAUGGACUACAAAUGUGAAAGACUACUGAAUGACAGAUAUCACCUCAUCCCUCUGUCCUCACUGAUCCGACAUCCCAUUUUUGUAGUUUUUUGUCCAUUUACAUAUAAAUGAAGCUGUUAAUGUUUAAUAGACUGGCAGCCCAUUGGCGUUCAUUAAUUCACUAUGACAUUCCCUCCUUUUUCUCUUUUCUUUCGGCCGUGCUAUCCCUCACAGUUCGGUGCAACAUGAAGAUUGUAAUUUUACAUACUGUACGAUUCCUUUCUUUCUCUCUAUUGUUCUUGCCGUCUCUUGUGGCUAAAUUUAGCGCUCACUGUUGCGUAGACGGAUUUCAAAAACGAAAGAAAAAUAUGUUACAUGUUGCUUUUAUGCAGAGACUUUGUAUGAUAACUAGAAUGACUGUCAAUCACCUCUUUUCAUCUGCGUAUAAUCUUUUGUGGGUGUGCGAGCGUGUAUGUUGGAGAGGAAGAAGACUGUAAUUCCCAUGAUUUAGAUACCAGAUGGUACAGGGCUAAAGUAGUAUGCGUGCGUAAACAAGGGAGCUAGCCCUUUACACAGAAAAAAUAUGAUUUACUGUGAAUUUAUUUAGCUUUUUUGACUGUGUCCAGACUGAGUAUAUGUAAUUGUGCUACUACAUAAUCUUCGUCUCUCUCAUGUAAACAAGUAAAGGUCAGUAGAAUGAAUGUACACUUUGGGUCAUUUCGCCAUGCGCACAAACAAGCCCGGGCACAUACUACAAAUGACUAUGGAGGGAAAAUUGGUUUGGGCUUUGAAUGAUGGCAGACUGACAGCCAGUGCGGAGAAGAGCAAUCCUGAGUGCUUUCAUCUUCUCAGAAAUGUCAGGUAGCGCACAAAAUGGCCGUGCCACGAUUACUUAAUAGUAUCCAGCUAGACCCUUGUACGGAUGUUAUAUUAACUCCUAGCGAAAAGCAUUGGUCUUAAUCACUGGACGUCUGUGCUACAAUGUGCUCCGCCUUGUGUUUGUUUUCCUAUCUACCAGUUAAAUGUCAAAAGCGGAGCUGCUAAUUGGUCUGACAUUUUGGGCUGAGCAUCAUUAGGGGAGCACAGAGGGAUGCAGAAUGGCAAGGCCCAGGAAAGAUCGUUUUGUCACUUCUUGCUCGCUGUAGUUGUGAGGAGUCAGCCUAGAACUUCUACAAUACAGGCCUAAAUACUCCCUCAAAUGCUAUUGUCUCUGCGUGUGUAAUUGUUGUUAAAUUCAUAGUCAAAUACAUAUGUAAAAUAAUGAUAAAACACGCCAUCUGGUAUGUAAUCAUGUGCAAACACCUGCUAGUCCUGUAUGAAUCUGGCUAGUCAUUUCAGGGUCGUAUAGUGUUCUCUUGGCUUGGAGAAAACUGUCAAGUAUUGUUACAAAAUAUCUCAGAAAGCUGAGUGUUUGAGAAUACUUUGUGAUAUAGUUUAGACUGGUAGUUUGCAGAACCACUAACUGGGUGAACUCUGAUAAUGUUGUAAUAUAUCUGCAUGUGAUAUGUGAUUGGUAGCUAGCUACUGUAUAUCUUUUUUCAAGAAAAGCAAGGGAAAAAAAAAUCAACAUCUGGAGAAAACAAAAAAUGCAAAAUGCUUCUUUUCUUGUACUUAUAAAUCUUUUUUGGAUUCUGUACUGUAUGUAUAUGCUUUAUUUUUUUCUUUCAAAGGCGUCCUACAAAAUGUCACAUUGUGUUAUAUGAAUGUUUGUGUUUUUAUUUAUUUGUGGUUUGCCAAAAUGAAGACUUGAAGCAUGUUGCAGGUAUUGUCACAAGAUAACAUGAAGAAAAUGUAAAAGUGUAAUGUAGAGAUGAUGGGGAAGGUUAGCUUUUGUGGCAGGACUCCAACUUCUGAAAGGAUUAGGAGCUCACAGAAAAUCAGUUCUCUCCGCUCCUAAGAACCAGGUGUCCGCCAUGAUGUCACUACUGUCCCUUCCCCAUCGUGAUAGCCCAAUGGAUUGUGGGAAAUGCAGUCAUCACAUUUGGACUGAAGUCUCCCCUAGUUACAGAUUAAAUCACAGUAUAAAGAUGCUUCAAAUCUCUUGAUAAAGAAUUACUGUGCAUGUCUGACCUUUAAUCUGUUGCUAUGGGCAACUUCAUGCCACUUGAGUGUUUGGUCGAGGCCAAGGUCUUAACAUUCAAAAGGUGAAAGGUCAAUGCAAGACCAAACAGGAAUGUGCAAUAAAAGUUACAGCUUAUUUAAAUUGA